UUCCAAAACGGCUUUGGUUUUUCUAUUUUAUAAUGCAAAGCCGAAGUUUUAUUACUCUCUCCGCCCCCUUGUUUCUCUCUUUUUCUCCUCUUGCUUUCUUUGGCGAAAAAUUGCGUCAGCGAUCGCCGGUCAAUUUCCGUGAAAACAAUUGUGUUUAUCUACAGCGAGGAAAUUUCCGCUACAGAUCUGGUGGAUGAGAGAGAUUUAGGUUUUAUUCUUUUGUUUUUAACGGAUUUUGUUUCGAAUUUGUGAUGAAUUUGAAGAUAAGAAUAGGAAUUUAGGGUUUUCGUUUGGUUUUGAUGGAAGAGCGAAUGAGAUCUGGUGAGCAUUCGGGGAUUUUGGUUCAGAAUAGGAGCCAAUCGGGAUGUUUGAUUGUAAGGAAGAAAGGGAAUGGUUCGGCUGGGGCCGGGUCUACGGGGACCCCAAAGAUUAACGAGUCCAAAAAAGAGAAGAAGAGGCCUAGGAUGAUUAUGAGUGAUUCGGGUUCGAGUGAUGAGUUAUUAAUGCCGCCUCGAAGGAGGGUUGGGCCCAAAACAAUUCAAUUUUGUAAUGGUUUGGCUGUUUAUGAAGAAAGUGAAAUUGUUAGGAAGCGGAAUAGGAAGGAGAGGUUAAGGCGAAGGGAGGAGGGUUUCAUUGGUACGAAUGGGGAGGAUUUGAGUGAGAGUAAGAGGAAUAGGCUAGGUGUGUUUGACUUUAAUGAGUAUGAUGGGCUUGACGAGGAUAUGAUUAUGAGAAGGAACCCAUUUGACUAUGGUGGAGAAGAGUUUGGUGGGAGGAGACUGUUGGGUUCAAUGCCUGCAGUUGUUCCGAGGAGUAUUAAGAGAGAAUAUGUGAGUGGUCCAAGCGGGCAUGUUUUUCUUGAGAAGAAGAAGUUGUAUUUGGAUAAGAUUGAUGGGAUGAGUUGGGGUGAUCAUGAUGAUAGGAAUGGGUUUAGGAAGGAUAGGGAUGCCAGUCGGCUGCAUUACUCCCUGUUGAGUGAGAGGUAUCUGGCUGAUUCGGAUGAACCCAUCAGGGUUCAGGGUAAAAAUGGUGUGUUGAAGGUAAUGGUGAACAAAAGAAAGAAGAUGGGUAAGCCUUUGAAAAAUUUUGAUCGCUUGGAAGUUGAGGAAGCCCAGAGUGGUUCAAGGAUUGAUGAUACAGUUAGGAGGAACUUGCAUGUCCGUCCGUCCUUGUACACUGAGACAGAAGUUCUUGAGAAGCCUGUUUCACUUGGUAGGAAAGAGAAAAAGAAAAUGAAUUUGUUAAAGACACCAACAACUAAGAAGACUAAGGUCUCUGACUGGGAUUCAGAGGAUAGUGAUACAUCUCUGAAGCUUCGAGCAAAGAAUAUGGAAGCUUCUAACUCAACAAAGAGGGUAAGUAGCAAAGAGGAAAAAAGUCAAGUUGUGCAGCUUCAGCCUACCGGAACCAAAGAAGGAAAAGUUAGGCGUGGAUGUGGCACAGAAAAACAGAAAUUACGUGAACGAAUAAGGGGGAUGCUUCAGGAAGCAGGCUGGACAAUAGAUUAUAGACCAAGAAGGAACAGGGACUACUUGGAUGCGGUGUACAUUAACCCUGCUGGAACUGCAUACUGGUCCAUCAUCAAGGCAUACGAUGCACUCCUAAAGCAGCUAGAUGAUGACGAUGAGGGCAAACCUGUUGGGAAUGGUUCUGCAUUUACCCCAUUAUCCGACGAAGUACUCAGCCAAUUAACAAGGAAAACACGAAAGAAGAUGGAAAGAGAGAUGGAAAAGAAGCAAAGAGAAGAAAGUGACAGUGAGAAUGCACAGGAAGCUGUUGCUAGGAAAUCUUCAAGUACCAGGCAUGAAGAUGAGAGUAUGGAUAGCUUGAGUCAUGAAGAGAAACUAAGUUCGUUCAUGAAGGGUAAGUCAUUCAAAUGUAGGAUGAAUGACAAUGGUGCCUUCAGUGCAAAUGCAAAGGGUCAAAGUUCUCUCCAUGUACAUGAUAGCUAUGAAAAAUCGUCCUCUAUAUCCAAUUCUCAUCUGGUUCAUGGAAGGAAAAGUCGAAAACUUGGCAGAUGCACUUUGUUGGUUCGUGGUUCUAAUGCGGGUCUGAGUUCAGUGGGUGAUGACUUUGUUCCAUAUUCUGGGAAAAGAACACUGCUUUCCUGGCUGAUUGAUUCUGGGGCAGUGCAGUUGAGUCAAAAGGUGCAGUAUAUGAACCGUAGGCGAACAAAAGUAAUGCUAGAGGGCUGGAUCACCAGGGAUGGUAUCCACUGUGGUUGUUGUAGUAAAAUCCUCACAGUUUUAAAAUUUGAGAUUCAUGCUGGAAGCAAAUUGCGCCAGCCAUUUCAGAAUAUAUAUUUGGACUCUGGUAUUUCUCUCCUUCAGUGCCAAGUAGAUGCAUGGAACAGGCAAGAGGAGUCUGAGAAGAUUGGUUUCCAUUCUGUCAACAUUGAUGGUGAUGACCCCAAUGAUGAUACAUGUGGCAUAUGCGGAGAUGGUGGGGAUCUGAUCUGUUGUGACAGUUGUCCCUCAACAUUUCAUCAGAGCUGCCUAAACAUAGAGUUUCUACCAGCGGGCGAUUGGCACUGUCCAAAUUGCAUAUGCAAAUUUUGUGGUAAUGGCAGUAGCAUUGCUCAAGAGGAUGAUAUAACUGAUUGUGCGCUUCUCACUUGCAGCCUGUGCGAGAAAAAAUACCACAAAUCAUGCAUCAAAGUUACAGAUGAGGUUCAUAUUGAUUCCAACAGCUUGGUUCUUCCUUUUUGUGGGCAGACAUGCAGAGAGCUCUUUGAGCAUUUACAGAAGUAUCUAGGGGUCAAACAUGAACUAGAAGCAGGAUUUUCAUGGUCUCUUGUUCGAAGAACAGACGCAGAUUCAGACACAAUUGCCUUAGGGCUUCCACAAAGGGUGGAAUGCAAUUCGAAACUAGCUGUUGCAUUGACUCUUAUGGAUGAAUGCUUUUUGCCCAUUGUUGACAGGAGGAGUGGGAUCAACUUAAUAAAUAAUGUCCUUUAUAAUUGUGGAUCAAACUUCAACCGGCUGAAUUAUAGCGGCUUCUACACUGCUAUUCUGGAGAGAGGUGAUGAAAUAAUUUCUGCAGCAUCAAUCAGGUUCCAUGGAACUCAGCUAGCAGAGAUGCCAUUCAUUGGCACUCGCCAUAUAUACAGGCGUCAGGGAAUGUGCCGUCGGCUUUUCUGUGCUAUUGAGUCGGCUCUCUGCUCUCUCAAGGUUCAGAAACUAGUCAUCCCUGCAAUUGCUGAACUUACACAUACAUGGACUGCAGUUUUUGGUUUCACUCCUCUAGAGGAUUCACUUAAGCAAGAAAUGAGGUCCAAGAAUGUGUUGGUCUUCCCUGGUAUAGAUAUGCUGCAGAAGCUACUGCUGGAGCAAGGAAACACAAAGGCAAACUUGACUAAUGUCACAGGUGCGAAGCAAACUGAAUCAGGAUCUAACGAACGUCUACGUAUCACAUCUGAGGUGGCUAACGAAUCUAAACCUGGUUCCUCAUCUGGGAAUGAUAAUCAAGAGUGUGAUGAUGGUGGUUUGCAUCAUACUCGUAGGGUAAAUGGUGAAAUUGCUGCUGCAGAUUCAGAUUCCCAAUAUCCAAAUGUUUCUAUUAAUGAUACUUGCGGAACUAGUGAUUCCUUGGAUGCAUCCCUAGAACCUAAUGUUUUUGUCGCAGUUGAGGAAACUACACUUACUAAUUAUCAAACAGGGGACAAGAGUAAUGAAUCUGCACCAGAUAGUAAAUAUGAUGUUAACCCUAGCUCAAGCCAUGAUGCACUUGAGGAGGAGAAUAAGGUAGGACUGGAUUCUCCUGCCGAAGAUAAUACUCAGUCUUGUACUGAGGAUAUCGAUGAUACCUUUGCAGCAGGUUUUAUUGAAUCUAAAGUUCCACGGUCUGAUGAUGAGACUGAUUUACGGUCAGGGGACAAGACAGUUGAAUCUUUUGCUGAGAGCAAAUAUCUUGCUACCUCCUCUAUGGACUAUAGCGCAGUAGACUUGGGAAAUAAAACAGUAUCGGGCUCUCCUAUCCAAAAAAAUACGAAGUCCUGUGAAGACGGUGAUUUGGAUGAUACCCAUGCAGGUGACAAUGUUGCUACUGCUUCUGAUGUCAAGACCGAGCUCACAGUUAAAGAGAUUAUUUGUACCAAUUCUCAAUCUGGGGACAAGCUAGCCGAAUCUCCUGUUGGAAAAUCUAUUCUUGUUUCUGAUGAGAGUAAUGACACUCCAGAGAUGGAAAAGAAAAUAGUCUCGGAGUCUUCUGAUGAAAAUAACAUUCAGUCUUCUAAAGGAAGUGAUACGAGUAAUGUUCAUUCAGUUGAUAAUAAAGCUGCUUCAGAUGAACUUGAAGUCUCGGUUGAGGAAACCACACUUGCCGAUUCCGAGUUUGGGGACAAGUUGGCGGAGUCUGCUUCCCCGGAGAAAUCUUUUAUCUGUGGUACGAGUACAAGUCUCAAUGCACUAGAGAUGGAAAAUAAAUCGGCAUUGGAUCUUCGCAAUGAUGAUUUUUCUCGCUCUUGUGAGGAGCCUAAUGUGUGGGGUCAGAGUCGGAUUUACAGCUGAAAUCCUUCACUUUUUGGUUGUAUUAUGUAAUUACCACAAGUUUUAGAGAGAUUUAAUUUUUUUCCUUCCACUGAAAUUUAAAAUUUAUUUGGUGUUUAAAUUACUGAAC